AUGGUAUUCUUAUAUUCAAAAAGUAAUUGUAGUUUUAUUUUGAUAUUAUUACUUAUAUGGUUGUACACUAACAAAGUGUGUCACGGAAAUAAUUCGGUUGAAACAACAGAAACAAGUCAAAGUGAAGAGAGUGAUAGAUCAAAUAAUAAAUAUAGUGAUAAUAUUUACUUUCCAAAUUUGAAUUCAUUAUUUUUAUGGCUUGGAGAAUUUGGGGAAUCAGCAAAGGGAAUUACAUCUGAUAUUGAAAAUAAAGAGUAUGGACCUGAGGAAGAAUUUCAAGCUACUCAGCUUGAUAUAGUUGAGUCAUUAGUAGAUUCUCUUGAAUAUGCUUCUAAUUCUAAUAUUGUAUUUCAAAAAAUAUAUGAAGAUAAUAUUAUGCUUAAUAUUGAAGGAGAAUUUAGUCUAAGUCAAUUAAUUGAAAACUUAGAAGAAAAUCGUAAAUCGAUGUUAGUACUUUAUAUAAAAAUAUUUAAUAAAAUACAAACAUGCGAAUCUGAAUAUAAGGAUUUAUGGAUCGAUCUAUGCGAACUUUCAAAAUCAUGUUAUUAUAUAUUAUGGGAUAUAUAUAAAACUAUAUAUGCAUAUUAUAAGAUGGUACAAAAUCAACUAGAAGAUGUAAAGGCUAUGAAGAAGUUACUUAAAGGAUUACUCGAAGAUCACAGAUCCAGAAAUGUCAAAGUUAAGUGUAGAAAAGACUUAAUUGAAGAAAAAAUACUAAGCACAAGAUUGAGAGAAAGUGUGUUGGAAGAAAAAUUAUUCAAAUUGACUCUUUCUUCAUUUGAAGGAUCAGCAGAAUCGAUUAGACAGCUUAAGAAGGUAGAAGAAGAAAUUAAAGUGCAUUCAAAUAAUACUCUUGUUGAAUUAAGGUCACUUUUAGAUGAAAUAAAAAAAUUAAUGGAAAAAAGGGACAAAAAUUCUGAAAAAUAUGAGGAUCUGGAAAUUUUACUUUCUAUUUCACAAAGUGAAUAUGAUAGAAAAUGCGAGCGCCAAAAGUUAUAUUAUGAGGGUGGUACUUUACAGAUUAUUGAAGUAGACCCUUUAGUGAAGAGUAUUGAGAGAUCUCAAAAAUUAUUUGGUGACAAUGAAGAUAGUGAGAAUAAGUUAGAAAAUAUUGAAGAUAAAAUAAUAGUGAGUGAAAAUAAAUCACAAGAUAGUGAAGAUAAUAAAUCCAAAGAAGCAGAGACUGCAAAUUCUUCAAAAUAUAAAGGAAUAAUAGAUAAGAUAAUACCAUUAUUAAAAAGAAAAAAAGUAACUUGA